AUGUUUGCUAUCAUCGUACUAUAUUUUGGUCUUUUGAAUCCUGUUCAAGAUUUGCUAGCUAAAGAAAAUCAAGAAGAUAAUGAUUGGUCUAUGAUUAUGGAAGUUGAAGUUGAAGAUCCCACCUACAAUUCUUCAUCUGAUAAGAUUGAUGAAAAAAACAUAAUAAAUCGUAAGAAGAACCAACCUUUCCUGCAAAAGUACAAUGAAACAGUAACAGAACAUGCUACUUCUCAGCAUUCCAUACCCAUACCUGGUGCAACAAUAUGUGGAUCGUUUUUGUGCUAUAACCAGGGACAAUGCUAUACUAACUUACAUUCGCCUUCUUCAAAAUGCUUAUGUCCACUUGGAUAUUCAGGUGAUUUCUGUGAUAAAGUGGAUGAAGGAUACCAGUUUCCGUAUAUCGAGCAAGGUGGUUAUCUAAAAUUUUACUUUAAGUCGUCUGCGUUAUACAGUGGUAUCAAUCAAAGUUUCAUCGAAAGAAGUAAUCAAGUGUCAAUGAACAGUACUAAUACCUAUAAAGUGGAUUUUGAAAUACGACCAAGUCUUACUGACGGAAAUUAUUUAUUAGUAUCCCAUGAGUCAAAUAAGGGAGAUUUUAAGUUUUCACUCAGUAUUGAAAAUGGAUACGUAGUAUACAGAUCUCUGAGAAUUUCGAAAACAAAUUAUGAACCCUAUCGUAAAGAGGAAAUCCAGGAAGUUAAGCAUUUUACAUUCCUUAACAGUGAGCAGUGGUAUUAUAUCUCCUUUGGGGAGACAGUUGAUGGAAAAGGUUUCCUGAGUGUUGAUGGAAUUAAAGAAGAUGCCGUUUAUAUGAAAAUAAGUUUCUCUUUAAUACCAUACUUCUAUAUUUUCUAA